AUGAAGGCUACAAGUCGAGAUAGUAGGACAAUUUUGACAUUGUGCUUGAACAAGCUUUUAGAAAUGUUACGUUCCAAAGUCCAGCUUAUUUAUGAACUCAUUUUAGUGAUGCAUGUCGUCCGCCACGAUUGCACCCAAGACGCCACGGAAGGCAUUUGGGUCACGUCCAUGUCAGAGAGCCGGAACGAACAAGGCGAAAACGAUGAACUUGUUGGAGGUCUCCUGCUUUCCCUUAAAUCUAAUAGCAAUCAUUCUGCCAGAUCUAUCCAAUACAUUAUCCCGGACGUCUACCGGAACGAUUCCUCACCGUACGAUAUCCCACUGGACGCUGUGAUUCCGCCUAAUCGGACAGUUCUCGUUCAGCCUGGUGUCGUGUUACGAUUCGCAGAUGAUGCAGGUUUCACUGUUUAUGGUGUUCUCAUUGUGAAUGGCACGAAGUCGGCACCUGUCACAUUUGAGCCACAAGCGGGUCGUUGGAAAGGAAUAGAGAUUAUCGACGCAACCGCUCCUUCGAAGUUCACAUUUGCGAACAUCACUGGCAGUUCGUUGGGUAUUACUGUUUUGAACAGCAGUGCUCCGUCAAUCGAGAACGUCAUAUCCUCAUCGAACGACUACGGAUUCAAUUUUCAGACACCCACCAGUGUUCGAAUGGUCAGCUCCUCAGCACUGAACAAUGAGAAGAGCGGUUUUCGGAUAUCAUCCAAGGUAUUCGCCCAGCCUGACCAUGUGUGA